AUGUGUAUUUUGUUGGAUGGACCGGGAACUCUGAAGUACUCAAAUUUCUGCCUGGCCAAAGCUCAAGGAGAAAGUCUGGAGGAGUUCUUCUCUCUUGUGAUGGCAGAGGAGACGGGAGCUGGAGACAGCAAAGAAAACAUUAUCUCUCCAAGAAACAUUAAGAACAGAAUUAAAGGUUCUCCUGUGUAUUGUGCUCCUGAGGUGUUGAGAGGAGCAGACACCAGUGUCUGCAGUGAUCUGUGGGCUUUAGGCUGCAUCCUAUUUGAGAUGUUCACAGGAAAACCAGCCUUUGUCUCUGAGAAUAUGACUGGUCUAGUGGAUCUCAUUUUAAAUGAAGACCCUCCACCCCUAAGACAAAAAGAACCUGCUUUCUCACAGCCCAGUCCAGAGUUUGAGAGCCUAGUAAUGGGUUUACUUCAGAAGGACCCUGUGAAAAGGUUAAGCUGGGACCCUUUAAUAUCAGACCCGUUCUGGAGGAAAGCAUUUUCAGAGACAAGCAUCACUAUGGGAAAAGAGCAGGAUAAUGUCUCCCUGAUAUCCAGCUUGCAUUUGGCCCCUGUGUCUUCUCAGACGGCCGAGGAAGCCCAGACAGCACCUGCUGACCCUGCCAGCCCAAACCUCAGCAAGUCUUUCACAUUAGAUAACGUCAUACAGUUUAGACCAAAGUCUGCACUGGACAUUGACGCCAGAGAGGCGAUUUUCCUCCUCAGCUCAAGACCAACUCCCAGAACAAGCAACACGGCUCGACAGACAGAAGACAAAGGCUCUGAAAUUCAAGAAUCCAGUGUUAUGGUGGAGGAGCAGAGUGACAUGAACGGCAGCAUUAAAUCCCUUUUAUACACAGACAGUGACCUUACAGUGACUCCCAUCAUGGAUAACCCAAAGAUUUUAAAGACUUCUCCAGUUCGUUUUGACCCCAAAACGCUUUGCGUAUCAGCACACUCAGCUGAACGGUUGUCCUGUCUGAACUCGGAGGACUGGUCUCAGUUCCUGCAACAGGUGUGUGCUGUUCUGGAGUCAGUAGACCAGGCUGGAUCAGCCAAUGCCACAGCACCACGCACUAAACUCAACCUGCUCUGUUACCUCUGCACUGUCUGUAACCACAGAGAGACGGCCACACGCCUUAUACACUCCCAGCUGUUCCCUGUGCUGGUUCAACAGAUGCGACAUGCUCCGAACUGGGAUAUAAGGAGCAAAGUGAUGCGAGUGAUUGGACUGAUGGCCUCCCACUGCACAGAGCUCAGAGACGACGUUCCUGUCACAGAGGCAGUGGCCAUGUUCACAGAACUGAUCCGAGAGAACUUCAGGAGCAGUAAAUUGAAACGAUGCUUGAUUCCACCCCUGGGGGAGCUGCUCUACCUCAUUGCUACACAGGAAGAGAAGAAAGAGCGCCCAGGAGGAUUGUGGGUCGUUCCUGCUGCCGCCUACACCGUGUUAAUGAGGUGCCUUCGGGAAGGGGAGGAGUUUGUGGUAAACCACAUGGCUGCCAAAACCAUAGAGAACAUGUGCAGCCGUGAGUCUCAAUACGCUCAGGGAUUCAUCACUGCAGAGGUGGGACCUGCACUCUGGUAUCUGUUCACACACUCCACAGUGGAUGCACUCAGGAUCAGCGCUAUAUCUGCUCUGUGUAACACCUUCCAGAGUGUGAUUGACAAGGUGGGAUUACCCAGCAUCCUCAGAAGAUCAAGCUUAGUUACUGACUUUGUUAUGAAGAUAAUCCGCUCUCUGGAGAGUCCGUCUUCAGUCAUCCGUGCCAAGGCUUUCCUCGUUCUUCUGCAGGUCCUUAUGAACAACAGAGAGAUGCUUCUGCUCUGCUGUAACUCCAGGCUGGUGAUGUACAUUGAAAGAGACGUCCGAAAGGCCACGCCAGGAAAGGAGCAACAAAGCGGCAAUGAAUACCUGUCAAAAUGCCUGACCCUCUUCAUCCGUCACACCGUGCACGAACUGCCAGCCAUCCUGGAUGACAUCCUGUCCGUGUUAGGCAGCAUUGUGGGAAGGAAGCACCCCUCUCCUACGCAGUCCCGUCAGCUGAAGCAGAGCCUCCCCAUGAUGGCUGUGGUGCUGCAUCUGCUCACCUCACAGAUCUUCCGACCGCAGGUGGUGACUGAGGCCUUUCUCAUCAAAUUUGGAAAACUGUUGCAUCACAUAACCUCCAUUGACUCUAAUGAGACAAGUUUGGGAAGUGCUAUAGGUCAAGCAGCAUCUGAGGAGCUGAUCAGAAACACACUAUCUGCAGUGGAGGCCAUUUCCCAACAUCCUGCUCUUCUCAGCUUCUAUCACUGCACUGUUGUGGAUUUGAUUGUACCACCGCUGGCGUCUCUGGCCUUCAGUAAGAACG